CCUGUGGGCGAAACACUGUUAUCUGCUUUACAGGCGAGGAGGAGGAGGAGGAAGAGGUGGAAUAAAACAGCGCUCGCAGUGUUUCCCUGCUCCUCAUCACCCGCUGCUGCCUGGCUGAGACUGAGUAGUGCUUGGCAGAGCGGGUGAGAGAGAGAGAGAGAGAGAAAGAUAGAUAGAGAGAGAGAGAGAGAGAGAGAGAGAGAGAGAGAGAGAGAGAUGCGUCUUGCGUUCUCGUUUGCAUGGGCAGCCGACGCAGGAGCAGCGCACUAACCGGAGCUCUGCUGCGCGUGAAAGUGGAAUAGCACAUCCGCCGGGGGGACCUCGCCAGCAUUGACAGAAAUGGACAAAGAUGAGAGCGACGGCGGAUAACGGUGUCAGAUAAAGUACACCGUCCUGGACAGAAGCGCUCUCCGACACCUCCGAGUGCACAGUCAUUGGCUUUGCCCCUUAGAGGGUACGCAGAACUCGCGGCACCCCUGUGGCGCGUGACCUCCCCAUUCGAGGCUGGGGACCUCCAUCUAUCUACCAAGGGCAACGUGGCGACCGGCGAGAGCUGCUGGGCCUUCUUGUGCCAGGAGCAAAUGGACGAUCAUUUGUAAAGAUAUAACAGCAUUAACUGGGUGAUUUCCUCAAGGACCAGUGACUGAGUGACAGCGGAGAAAGGGGCAAACAUGAAGGACUUUUCACUGGAGGUUUGUUUCCUAAUGGGGUUGGCAAUUGCUGCUGCCCUCAGGGCUGGCCAGGAGAAGGACGACUGUCCUGCGUUGUGCAUCUGUGAGCUGAGGGCCUGGUUCUCCCCAAGUUCGGUGUAUAUGGAAACACUCACGGUGGACUGUAAUGAUCUGGGACUUGUUACUCUGCCGAAGACAUUUCCCACCGGCACACAGGUUUUACUGCUGCAGACAAACAGCAUCACUAAGGUUGAGAGGCCUUUGGAUUAUCUGGCCAAUAUCACAGAGAUAGACAUUUCUCAGAACAAUGUCUCCUCAAUGAGCGACAUCAGCUUGGGAAACUUGCCGCAGCUUCUGUCCCUGCACACAGAGGAGAACUGGAUUGGGGCCCUGCCAGAGAGCUGCCUCUCCCAGCUGACCAAUCUCCAGGAGCUCUACAUCAACCACAACCUGAUCUCCUUCAUUGCGCCCGGGGCCUUCCUGGGGCUACACAAUCUGCUACGGCUCCAUCUCAACUCCAACCGGCUGCAGGCCAUCAGCCCCCAGUGGUUCGAGGCCAUGCCGCGACUGGAGGUCCUGAUGAUCGGAGAGAACCCAAUCAUCCGAAUCCAAGAUAUGAACUUUAAGCCGCUUAUCAGUCUCCGCAGUCUGGUUCUGGCCAGAAUGAAUUUGUCGGAAAUACCCGAUAACGCUCUGGUCGGUCUCGAUCGGCUGGAGAGCAUCUCGUUUUAUGACAACAUGUUCGCCAAAGUGCCCAGCAGUGCCCUGAGGAAGAUCCCGAGUUUGAAGUUUUUGGAUCUUAACAAGAACCCGAUUCAGAGGAUACAAAGGGGGGACUUUGUGGACAUGCUCCAUUUGAACGAGCUCGGUAUCAACAGCAUGCCCGAGCUGGUCUCUAUUGACAGCUUCGCCCUGAGCAACCUGCCGGAGCUGACCAAAAUCGAGGCAACUAACAACCCCAAGCUUUCCUACAUCCACCCCAACGCGUUCUAUAAGCUGCCACGGCUGGAGACACUGAUGGUGAACAGCAACGCUCUAAGCGCCCUGCACCGCAUCACCGUUGAAUCUCUGCCCAACCUCCGUGAGGUGAGCAUGCACAGCAACCCCAUCCGCUGCGACUGUGUGGUGCGCUGGAUGAGCACCAACAAAACUGCCGUCCGCUUCAUGGAACCCGAGUCUCUGUUCUGCGCGGAGCCGCCUGAGUAUAAGGGACAGCACGUGCGACAAGUGCACCUCCGGGAAAUGAUGGAGAUCUGCCUGCCGCUCAUUUCUCCCGAGAGCCUGCCCUCCCACAUCAGUACUCGGCAUGGGAGCACCAUCUCGCUGCACUGUCGCGCCUUUGCCGAGCCGGAACCCGACAUCUACUGGAUCACUCCCUCCGGCGACAGGAUCUCGCCCGACACCGGCACUAUCAAGUACUACAUGCAUCCCGAGGGCACGUUCGACAUCUAUGACAUCACGGAACGCGAGGCGGGACUGUACACCUGUGUUGCUCAUAAUCUUGUUGGCGCAGACCUCAAAACAGUGUCUGUGCAGGUCAACGGAUACUUCCCAGAGCCUGCGAACGAGUCUUUGAAAAUCAUAAUUGAAUCUGUGCGCCCCACCUCGGUCCUAGUGUCGUGGCAGGCUUCCCACGGCAGCCUAACGUCAACCAUUAAGUGGUCAGCUACACUGGAGACCAACCUUCCCAGCGUGGCGUUCAGAGCUCGAGUCCCAUCCGAUGUAAAAAUGUACAACCUGACGCACCUGAGCCCUUCCACCCAGUACGAGGUGUGCGUGGAUGUGCCCAGCAUCCACCACAAAAACCACUGGAAAUGUAUUAAUGUAAGUACAGCAAACCUGGCACUCGAGGCAAAAAGCAAGGAGAGCUGGGACACGGCUGCAGUCACUGUAUAUGGUGUUCUGCUGGGUGUGGCAUCGGCCGCCUGCGCGCUCAUCCACGCAUCUCUACGGAAGCAGUACUUCUGUAGGAGUUGGAGGAAAGCCCAAUGGAACGCCAAGCCAAGUCCUGCAGCUGGACUCUACUCUCCACUCACCAGGCUGUGGGUUUCUGGGAAAGGAAGGCCUUCUGGAGUGGAGGUGAGAGCUACAGUAAUAAACAUGUCAAACAACGCCAUAUAAGAGCAAUGGAGACUUCUAGAACACCGUGUUGAGAGAGUGGACAGGCUGCCUGGUCCAAUGGAUGGCACAAGGGGCAAUGCUGAAUUUGGGCAUUCUUCACCUUGAUGCGGACAUUGUAGAAGUCCAGUGGAUCAGUUCAGGGGUUGCGUGCGCAUACGCACAUACAUGGGCGCGCGAGCGUGCGCGCACACACACGCACACACACGCACACACACGCACACACACACGCACACACACACACAAAGGGGAUAUGAGCAGUGGUGUUUCCAAGGAAGCACUGAGGAAUCAGGGAUUCCUGAUACCAUGGAGUGUUACAUGGUUACUGGACAUGUCUACUUUAUAAAGCGAAUAAAGGUGAGAGGAAAGUGUGGUCUGUCAUUGACUGUUAAAUAUGUACAGAGUAGAGGAGCUCUCUUCAUGGUCCCAGCAAUACUUCCUGUGCCGUACAACAGACAAGGCAAGUUACGGACGCCAGCCAAAGCGUUAGCAUUGUGGGGAUGAAAACAAAUCAACAAGUGCAGACACACAGAUGUGGAACCUCUUUUGAACAAAUAUACCUUAAAACUGAUGGCAAUCUGUCUUUGUAUUCAAAAGUGGUCAUAUAUUAAAUAAUGAAUUUGAGUUCAUUAGCAAAAUAUCAAGCAAGUCUGGCAAAGCUACUUUAUAAGUACCUUGGGAAUUAAAUGAAAGAUAUUCUGCUAUUUUACAUGGAAAUAUCCAACACACACAGCAUUUAGUUUGAAUCCUUCCAAAAAAAUAAGAAAUAAAAUUACUCAACUUAUGCCACGGGCAGAAGCAGAGUUUUUUAGAGACGGAACUUGCUCAGAGGGAAGCCUCAUUCUGCAGUGUUAGCCUUGUUCCAGGCUUUACACACCACCAGCUGCUUCUUCCGUCUCGUACCCUUCCCUUUCCUUUCCUUUCCCACGAUAAUCACGCGCGCAAGGCAGAAGAACACAAGCCUGGACGGAGCACAACACCGAUAAAGGCCCAUCCCAGUGCAGAAGAGAAGAAGACGGAGCACGAGACUGCGUGAACACACCACGCCGCGCGGGACCAUGUCUGGGACUGAACACGCUGUGAUACUUCAAGUCCAUGUUCCCCCAGCACAGUCAUAACGUCCAACAGAGACGCAGGAGCAAAUGGAGUAAAUCAAACCAAUGGAAAUUAACACGGACAACUGAUUACAAAUUGCAAACCCUGUACAUAUCUGGUCAAAACGUGGAAAUAAAGCCAAUAUGUGUAAAUGGGUUUAAAUUACAGAUGUGACUCGAGUUGGUACAGUGCAUAGCUUGGUAAUUAUUAAAAUGCUUAAACUAUUUUAUGGAUUUGGAUAGGUUGAGUCUAAAAAAAG